UGAAAAAAAAGCCAUUUCAAAUACAAUUGUUUUGUUAGUGUAAAAGUUUUAACUUCAUUCAUACACUUGUUCUUUCAAUAGUGAAUGAAUGAAUUUAUUCCCUGCCACAUUCCUUCACAAUAAAUUCAAAAUUUAAAACACCCCCAACAUCAACGUAUUAAUUCCUGAUAAAUAUAACCAACUCCUUUACUUAUUCAUUUUUCCGUUAAAAAAACACACAAACAAAAAAAGUAGAGAGAAAAAAAAAAUGUUGUGCGGAGCAAUGUCUGCAAAGCGUGCAAAAGAUGGUUCGGUUCCUGUGUUCCUCAAUGUAUAUGAUCUAACAUCCAUAAACGGCUACGCUUACUGGCUCGGCCUCGGUGUCUACCAUUCUGGCGUCCAAGUUCAUGGAAUGGAAUAUGCAUUUGGGUCACACGAGCGUGAGACGACUGGAAUAUUUGAAGGAGAACCGAAACAAUGUGAAGGGUUUGCGUUUAGAAAACAGAUUUUGGUUGGAUGGACCGAAAAGAAUAAAAAAGAAGUUCGAAAAGUUAUGCAAGACCUUGCUGGUAACUAUAAAGGAAUUUCGUAUAAUCUAAUCACGAAAAAUUGUAACCAUUUCUGUAAUGAUGCUUGUAUUCGACUAACUGGUAACACGAUUCCUCGUUGGGUUAAUCGUCUCGCUAGACUAGGUUCAUUGUGUAACUGUAUAAUUCCAGGGAGUUUAAGUUCGACUAGAGUUGGUAUCGAAGAUAACAAAAUGUACAACGAAGGAGAGAUGAAGACGAAGUUAAGGAGUCGAUCUAGUAGGUUUGCUUCGUUUUCUAGCUCUUCACUGUUGUAUGAAAAAUCGUCUUUUUCAUCACCUCCGGUUGCUAGGACUAGAAGUCAUAGGAAUCGUGAUUCAUCAUCGUCUUCUUCAUCAUCCUCUUAGAAUCAUUAGAAAGUUGUUAAUUUUAUUUAUUUAUUUUAAUUCUAUAUGUUUUGUCUUUGUAAUUGUGUUAAGAAUAUGGAUACUUUAUUUAUGAUCAUUGCUUUAGGAAACA